AUGUUGCUUGCUGCCUUGAAACUCGGCCUGGUUUUGGCUGCAAUUAGCGGGUGUUGCAUGCUACCAGCUCCGCUGGCGGACCGCGAAAUGGAUCGGCAGCAGGAGCUGCCCCAGCGCAUCUACGAGUUGCUCGAUAAAAUGUCCUGCAGCCGGAAGCUUAAUGCGAGCGCCACAUUCGCCCUGCUCCUGGCCGAAUUCCUGAUAAAACAGAAACUGCGCUACGUGCCGCCCACUCGCUUCGAGAGGCAACUAUACUAUCAUUUGCUGCACAGGAUGGAGCACAUCAAGAGCCGCUCGAGUGUCUCCCUGGCAACAGCAACGGGCAUCGAAAGACAAAUCCUGGAAAGUGCCUUUCAGAGAAACGUCAUGCUUCUGCCGCCAUCGGUGAGGUACGGUCAAUUGGAUGCCAAUGGAGAGUACGAGCAGCUGGCGGCCAUAUAUGGAAAAGUGGUCAACGAGGGCCACCCCAAUAGAACGCAAUCAGAUCUCUGCAUGAGGGAGAUUGUGGAGCUCGAAUUGAGAAACUGUAAGCUGCCUUCCCACGAGUGCCUGGAGCUGCUGACCAGCGAUGCACCCACCUUUGGCUACCAGAGGACCCAUCAGGUGCUUCUUCUCUACAUGCUGCAGCAUCACGUGUGUGCCCCCCAUUUGAGCCCUCCGCAGGUGUACGAGCUGCUGGCCAAGAGCCAUUGCAAUGAGGUGGUACGCGAACAGAACGCCAUACGGAGCCUGGGGCUGCCCGAGCAGUAUCGAGAUUUAUAUUUGGAGCAAGCAACAAUCUGCGGCCUCUUUGGCUACAAUGAGGUUUUGAACUGGCGCAAUGUGAUGGAAAUUGGCAGCUGGUUCGAGGACGACGCUGAUGAUGGCGAUGAUAAUGUGGCUGACAAGUCCCACGAUAGUCAGCAUAUAAACGAUCUGGCCUUGGUCUUCUAUAUAAAUGCAAUGUUGCUGUUGCACUAAGGUCUCCUUCGCCCCAAUCUUUAUCCGCAUACCCCUGCUGCUUGCUUAUUGCUUCUGCUUGAUAAGUUAAUAAAGUGCCGCUUAUGGCUUAUUGCUUGA